AUUUUUAAGAGGGGUUAUUAAUGGAGACUAAUCAAAAUUGACAUUAUAAGCCGUUGGUAGAUGAGGAGAAUAGAGUGUUUGUGGGGGCUCCUAUAAUGGCAAAUUAUGAUAGAUCUUAUCCUGGAUCACCGACUCCGCAAUAUGCAGGCUCACCUAUUAUGUAUCAGCAUCCUCCAACUAAUCAGCAAGUUAUGCAGCCUCCAGUUUAUGCGUAUAAUGCUCCUCCUGUAAAUAUGAUGCAGCCAAGAAGAGGUGGAUAUUUGCCUCGCUCUUAUCGCACUCCCCCAAUAAUUAAGAGAACAAUUGAAAGAAGAGCUCCAAGAGCUAGAAAGUCAAUGUUUAAAGGAAAUAUCAGAUCUGUAUACUGUGAAUGUCCCAGCUGCGGGCUUGACACCCAUACCAAAGUGGAAAGUGAUUUCAGCUCAACUCAGUGGUGCCUUUGUCUUAUUUUAUGCUCAAUGCAGUUAUACGUAUGCUGCCUAGUCCCUUUCUGUGUUAAUUCAUGGAGACAAGGGAAUCACUUUUGUGGAAACUGUGGCAGCAAAAUAGGAUCGAUAUAAAGACAAGCGUAACUUUCUUUCUUAACGAAUCCAAACAUCAUCUAUC